CCUGCGUCACGCCCGCUAUAUACUAGUGUUCGUAGCCGUCUAUGUACAGUACAACACAAAUCCGUGACAGUGCUAACGAAAUGUGUUGUGAUUGCACUGAGUAACUAUGCAUAGUUAAAAAUCAAUUAAGCAACAGAAAAAUGUUUAAACAAACAUGCAAUUAAAACGACGUGCGACAAAAGGAUAGACUCAAUUUAUCAUUAUCUACAAUUAAUUGAUAACAAACAAACAUAUCGGAGGAGUAAAUAAUAAAGGCAGUUGUGUGUCAGAUAUUGACGGCCAUUGUGUUUAAUGAAACGUUAUACGUAUCCAGCUGCAGUUGCGACGGAAAAUGAAAUACGCGUUAUAAAAGAUUCACACAAGUGAAAAUACGAUGGCGGAAAAACAGGAGGCGACAAAGGAGGAAAAUCCUCUGAACGUGAGGGACGGGUACAAGAAGUACAAGGACAGAAACUUCGCAGAGAAACUAUGGUACCUGAGGGACAACGUCACAGUUGAACCCCUGCUGGCUGGCCUCAUCAUACCCAGCGUGAUAUCCAGAUUCGCGAUGGGAAACUUCAACCUGGACAAAGCCUGCCGAGUCAACCUCGCCUACAAUGACGUGAUCUGUGAUGCGCUAGUGAAAAAGAACAGUGACAAUUACACAAUGUAUGAGAAGGAGGUGCAAAAAUUGAUAUCGUCUAUAGAUAUUUGGAAGAGCAUUCUGAGUACUGCGCUGCCCUGCAUCAUCAUCAUGUUUUUAGGCGCUUGGAGCGAUAGAACGGGGAAGAGGAAGCUAUGCAUAUUGCUACCGAUUUUCGGCGAACUCGCCACCUCCAUAAACAAUAUUGUGAACGUUUACUUUUUUUAUGAAAUUCCUGUACAAGUGACGGUGUUCUUGGAGACGUUCUUCCCAGCGAUCACCGGUGGCUGGGUGACGAUGUUCCUUGGUGUUUUCAGUUACAUUAGUGACAUAACAUCGGAGAAAUCCAGGACUUUCAGGGUGGGGCUAGUCAGUUUCUGUAUGACAGCUGGCCUACCGAUUGGGUUAGGGAUAAGUGGGAUCCUGUUGAAGAAGAUGGGUUACUAUGGAAUAUUCAGCAUGACAACCUGCCUCUUCAUAGUAGUUCUUAUGUACGGGUGCUUCUGCUUGAGAGAGCCAGACCAGUUCCUUCAAGACAAUGGAUUUCCUCCUAUCGAACGAAUCACUUCAAAAGAGACGUCGUUCUUCGAUGUUACCCAUGUUGUGGAUACAAUCGGAGUUGCGGUGCGGAAGAGGGCAGCCAAUAGAAGAGUCAAAGUCAUUCUUACAUUGGUAGCAGUAUUCAUUCUAUACGGACCAUCUAUGGCGGAGCACCACAUUGUUUAUCUGUUUGUGCGAAAUCGCCUGAACUGGGACAUGGUGAAGUAUGGUUUUUACGCCGGCUACUCCAUAGUGCUACACUCAUUCGGGGCAAUGUUUACAAUAACGGUACUAAGUAAGAAGCUGCAGAUCGACGAUGCGAUCCUGUGCCUCAUCUCGGUCCUCAGCAAGUUCGUCGGAGCGAUAUGGUCCGCCUUCGUCACCACUGAUAUUGAAAUGUACCUGAUUCCCUGUAUCGAGUUGCUGGGUGGGGUAACUACGACCUCUCUUCGGUCAAUCAUAUCCAAAGUAGUAGACAAACAAGAAACCGCCAAGGUGAACUCCCUGUUCUCGCUGACGGAGACGCUGGCAUCGCUGCUGUUCCAGCCGCUGUACUCGUGGCUGUACAUGAACACUCUGUCCGUGCUGCCCGGCGCGGUGUUCCUCACCACGGCGGCGCUGAUAAUACCAGCGGUGGUUAUACUCGUAAUAUUCAUCACUCAAGGCAGAAUAGAAAGAAGAGAAGCAAGAAAGAAGGCCUUAGAAGCAGAAGAGAAGAAGGACGCCGAAGCAGAAAAAGUUGCAGAAAAACCAUAUUUACCUCCAAAUCCUCCAAACAUAACUCAAGACAUCAAAGAAAAAACUAAAAUGUAGCGAACCCUUUAAUUUAAGGCAA